UUCAUGUUUUUGUUACUUGCACUGCUGCUUAUUCCGUGCUUUACUAUUUUUUACUCGACAAAAAGUUUUAUUCUUUUUCCCGUUUCACAAUCAGACGGGGUUUAAUCAUUUUUAACUCUUCUUGUUUUUUUUUCUUGGACUAAAUGUGUUGUUAUAUUGCCCGUGUUCUGUAGUCUGAAGUGAACCGGUGAAGCUUGAAUUGGAGGGUUCUUUUACCUUUGUUUUCUUUUUCAAAUGUUUCACUCUCGCACAACUAUGAUUCAGGGAAAGACUAUUCAUCGGAAUGAGUGAGGACAACCAAAUGCUUAUAGUUGAUUAUUUCACUGACAAUGAACAAUAAAGAUGGAAAACCAGUCACCCAGACAGACAAGGGCAGGAUUGUCCCUAUGGCAGUCAUAUUUGUGGUGCUAUGUGGAUGUUCUUUCUAUAUGGGUAUAAUCUUUUGCUCUGAAAAGGGUAGUUUUGAGUCAAUUUACAGCCAGAAAUCCGUUGAAUCCUCAAAGGAGUCAUCAAGUUCUCUGCAGAUUAAAUACAUCAGUUUUCCUGAAUGCAGUGCAGACUAUCAAGAUUACACUCCCUGCACCGAUCCGAGGAGGUGGAGAAAAUUUGGAUCCUAUCGGCUUACUUUGUUGGAACGCCAUUGCCCUCCAAAAUUUGAGAGGAAAGAAUGCUUAGUUCAUCCCCCAGAUGGGUAUAAGCCUCCAAUUAGAUGGCCAAAGAGCAGAGAUGAAUGUUGGUACAGAAAUGUUCCAUAUGAUUGGAUUAACAAGCAGAAGUCUAAUCAGCACUGGUUGAAAAAGGAAGGCGAGAAAUUCAUCUUUCCCGGUGGAGGUACUAUGUUCCCCAACGGUGUUGGCAAAUAUGUUGAUUUAAUGCAAGAUAUGAUCCCAGAAAUGAAAGAUGGGACCAUUCGAACUGCCAUUGAUACUGGUUGUGGGGUUGCUAGCUGGGGUGGUGACUUGCUUGAUCGUGGGAUUCUAACUCUUUCUCUUGCACCAAGAGACAACCAUGAAGCUCAGGUUCAAUUUGCUCUGGAGCGUGGUAUUCCUGCAAUUCUCGGUGUUAUUUCUACUCAGAGACUUCCAUUCCCUUCAAACUCCUUUGAUAUGGCUCAUUGCUCCAGAUGCUUUAUACCGUGGACAGAAUUUGGUGGAGUUUAUCUCCUAGAAAUACAUCGAAUUCUUCGUCCUGGAGGAUUUUGGGUGUUGUCUGGUCCACCAAUCAACUUUGAGCGCAGGUGGCGUGGAUGGAACACAACCGUUGAAGCACAGAGAUCAGACUAUGAGAAGUUGCGGGAAUUGCUGACUUCACUGUGCUUUAAAAUGUACAAGAAAAAGGGUGACAUUGCCGUAUGGCAGAAGUCUCCAGAUAACAAUUGCUAUAAUAAACUACCUAGAGAUACCUAUCCACCUAAAUGUGAUGAUAGCCUCGAACCAGAUUCAGCAUGGUAUACUCCUCUUCGUGAUUGCAUGGUGGUUCCAGAUCCUAAGUUUAAGAAAUCCGGUCUGUCAUCCAUUUCUAAGUGGCCUGAACGGUUGCAUGUUACACCAGAACGGAUCUCAAUGGUUUAUCAUGGCAGUGAUAGUACUUUCAAACACGAUGACAGUGAAUGGAAAAAGAAGGUGGCGUACUACAAGAAGUUGAUACCUGACCUUGGGACCGACAAAAUUCGAAAUGUAAUGGACAUGAAUACCCUAUAUGGAGGUUUUGCUGCAGCCUUGAUUGAUGAUCCUGUUUGGGUCAUGAAUGUAGUCUCAUCUUAUGCUUCCAAUUCACUUCCUGUGGUUUUUGAUCGAGGCCUUAUUGGAACCAUCCACGACUGGUGUGAGGCUUUUUCUACAUAUCCUCGAACAUAUGACCUACUCCAUCUUGAUGGUCUGUUCACAGCAGAAAGCCACAGGUGUGAAAUGAAGAAUGUGUUGCUGGAAAUGGAUCGAAUCUUGCGACCUUGGGGUUAUGCAAUCUUUCGAGAAUCCAAUUAUUUCACCAAUGCUAUCGAAACCCUUGGCAAGGGCAUGCGUUGGGAAUGCCGUAAAGAAAAUACUGAGACUGGCAGUGACACUCAGAAGGUAUUAGUAUGCCAGAAAAAGCUAUGGUAUUCAUCCAACCAGGGUUCAAGAUGACAAACUAUGGAACUUGAACCUCAGUAGAGUAUAAUAGUGGAUAGAGGCAAAAGGGAAGCGAUUUCGGAGAUGAGACAAAUUCUAUAAUAUAAUGACCCAAGAAUCAUUUGAAGUUCAACUUUCUUAAAAGAUCAAGUGGUAACCCACUAAUCUGAUUUUGCUAAUUUAUAGAGAAGAGUUAUAUACAUAAUUAUGAAUCAGUUGCUUCCUUUUAGUCACUCCCCAGCCAUUUCAAACAACUAGUGUUUUGCUAUCCAAAUGCUGCCAUUGUGAAGGAAUCAAACUCCACGGAAAGGACGAUGAUGUUUUUGUACAGAUUGUUUAACGGAGAACAACACUGAACUUAUAUUAAUACUGAGCUUGAUAUAGUAAUACUAUGAUUUUUUUCUCCA